AUGGACCCUUCGCUUCCAACGGUGACAAGUCGUCGACUUUCGCCCUCUCAAGGUCGAGGUCAGGUAAACUCACGAAUACCAUCACCGUUUACCAAAGUUAAAUCAAUAGCACAGCAAUCGCCUGAAGAAGAAGAGGAGGAGGAAAAUCAGCCGAAUUCCUCGCCAAAUCGACGUUCAAACUUAAACGCGUAUGGUGUUCCAUCAAGGCAUCCAUCAAGGAAUAAUUCUUAUUCACAACCCGCAAAGCAAAACGUUCCUAGUAAUUUAAAUGACAAAAUAAGAGUAUGUGUUCGUAAGCGUCCACUCAGCAAGAAAGAGCUCACUAGGAACGAGAAAGAUAUUGCUUCCGUCAGUGGCCAAAGGACUGUUCUAAUAAACGAGCCAAAAAUGAAAGUCGAUCUGACCAAGUAUGUAGAACAACACACGUUCUUUUUUGAUGACGUGUUUGACGCCGAAGCCACCAAUGAAGAGGUGUAUAAACGGACGGCUCUGCCAUUAGUGGAGUACAUUUUCCGUGGUGGAAGUGGCAAAACUUAUACUAUGCUUGAUGAUAAACAAGGACUUUAUGUUCUGGCUGCUCGAGAUAUUUUUGACUUAUUACAACGGCCGGAAUAUAGCCAUUUAGCAUCAUAUAUAGGGUUCUACGAAAUUUAUCAAGGGCAAUUAUAUGAUCUGUUGAAUCAACGAAAAAAGUUGUUUGCCCGGGAAGAUGGAAAGAAAAAUGUCGUAAUCGCAGGACUUCAAGAAUAUUCCAUCGAUAAUGUAGAUAAUCUUAUGCAAGUAUUUGAUUAUGGAAAUACACUUAGUUUUAUUGAUUUGGCUGGUAGUGAACGUGGUGCUGACAGAGGAGAUGCAGAUAAGCAAACGAGAAUGGAAGGUGCAGAAAUCAAUAAGAGUUUGUUAGCUUUGAAAGAAUGUAUUCGUGCUCUUGAUCAAGAUAAAAGACACACUCCAUUUCGUCAAAGUAAAUUAACCCAGGUGCUGAAGGACUCGUUCGUUGGAAAUUCACGAACUUGCAUGAUUGCUACAAUAUCUCCAAAUAUUUCAAAUAGUGAGCACACUCUUAAUACAUUAAGAUAUGCAGAUAGGGUUAAGGAACUCAAAUCGGAACGGGAUCGUGCUGACCGCGUUGCUGCCGGUCUUGAACUAGCAGCAAAUGAACUUCGUGAACUAACAGAUGAACAACGACAAGAAUAUUAUAAUAAGGCGCAAGAGAAGAUGGCCGCAGAAGGUGGUGACUGUUACGAGGCGUAUGGUUACGAUGACGAUGAGGAGGAUCCGGUGUUUGAUGAAGAUGAAGACUCUGAUUUAUAUGAUGAAUUUCCAAGUGAUGAAGAGCAUGACAUAUUUGGGCAAGAGCUGCCUUCAGAUGGUUUUGACGAUGAGGCAGAUUUCAUCGACGAUGACCAGCACACAAUUUCUAAUUCUGAGGCCUCAGGUUUAAAAAUCAAUGAAUCACCAGACUCUCUUAGAUCUACAUCAAGUAUCCCUUCUCAUUUGAAACCAUUACCGUCCUCAUAUCCAACUUCUCCAGAUUUAAAUCCGCCAAUUCAUUUUCAAAGAUCAUCUGGUGAUAAUUCAUCAACUUUUACAACCCAAGAAAUAGAAGAUUUUUUGAGGCGACAUCGCUCAGCGCUUAGAGAGGUCAGCGAUACGGGAAAACAAGAAACAAAACUCUUGGCUAAUUUCACGCUAAAAAUGAACUCUAUUGAUGAUAUGGAUGGGUCACCAGAGAUUACCGUUAAUGCGUUUGAACAGUAUCUCGAUGAAUUAGAUGCACUUUUAGAAUCAAAGGAACAAGUUAUUGCUGAAUUGAGACGCAAAAUCUCUCAACUCUGGCGAAAAACAUAG